CAGUUGAUAAAUAAGUAUACUGUUUCUGCGUAACAGGUACCGACGAGUUGACUCAGUUAUUUUCACUCGUCGUUGAAUCAGAAAAAGAAAAAAAAGGGAACCUUUUUCUUAUCUCUCACUGUGACAGUCGACUUCCCCCUACAUCGGUAACGAUCUCAUUUCACGGAUGGCGACUGAAAAGCCUAUUACUACAGAGACCGUUGCUCUCACGGAGAAGAAAAUGGACAUGUCUUUAGAUGCCAUUAUCAAGAUGUCAAAGAGCAAUACCAAUAAUAAUGUCAAUAAAGGCAAGAAACACAGAGCAUCGAAUAAAAAGGAGAGUUUCAAUAGUGCUGCCAAGAACAGUACGGUAAAAGCUCAGCGUUAUAUGGACUCACGGUCUGAUGUUAGACAGGGUGCUUUUGCUAAGAGAAGGUCAAGUUUCCAAGGAAACCACUUUCCUGUCACAACAACCAUUGCUGGUAAAACCGCUUCUAGUGCUCCCCUCCGUGGUAGACCUAAUAAUGCUGGAAGGAUGGCUAAUACGAAUCAAUCAAGGUUCAUUACUCCACCAGCUCAGUAUGGUUCUGCACCAAGAGGGUUUGUGGCCAAGCAGAGGGAGAAGAUAGGGGAGAAGCAAGCAAAUGGAGGAGGACAGAGGCAAGGGCCUCAAACGCUGGACUCACGGUUUGCGUACAUGAAGGAAGAGAGGAUGAAAAUGAAAAGGUUUGCAGAAAAGGGUGGCAAUGUAGUCAAGAAUGGUGCUGGAUUGCAGUACCACCAACAGCAGCAGCAGCAACGUCCCUGGGGCAGAAGAGCCACAAGAUUCCCCAACUGAUUUAUGUGAUCCGCAGCGUUCGGAUGAAUAUAUAUUUGCUAUUCAUGUAGUUUGGUUUGGAUUCAGUGUUUGAACUAGUGUACAACAUUCAUUUGUGAAUCUCUCUCUCUCUCUCUUCUUGAAGACUAGCAGAAGAGGAGAUAUUGAAACUUGGUUGUACUUGGUGUGUUCAUUGGUCAGGGAGGGAUUUGGAUAUUGACUAUUUUGGCCUAAAGAUCACUGAGUUAUAUGUUUGCUUCA